AUGGCGUCUUCCACCACCGCCGCCGCCACGCGACCCCUCACGCUGCCCGAGAAGAUCCUCACGCACUGGGCCGUGGGCCUCACGAAGCCCGAAGUCGCGCCGGGGCAGAUGCUCUGCGUCAAGGCGCAGUGGACGCUCGCGUGCGAGAUCACGUGGAAGUCCAUGGACAAGACGUACCAAGACAUGGGCCGCCCGCGCAUCUGGCGCAACGACCGCUUCUGGUUGGCCGUCGACCACACGGUCGACCCGCGCGUGAACCACAAACCGCAGCAGCAGAUGAUGAUCAAAGCGUCCGAAGACUUUGCCAAAGAGGCCGCGCUCACGAACUACCAGCCGCCCAACACGACCAUUUUGCACACAGAGUUCUACCGCCAGCGCGCGCAGCCGGGGCAGAUCGUCGUCGGCGCCGACUCGCACUCGUGCAGCACGGGCGGGUUGGGCGCGUUCGCCAUUGGGUUGGGCGCUGCCGACGUCGUCAUGCCGCUCGUGACGGGCGAGACGUGGAUCAAAGUGCCCGAGACGGUGCUCAUUGAGUUUGUCGGCGCGCCGCCGCUGGGCAUGGGCGGCAAGGACGUGAUGCUGUAUACACUGGGCCAGCUCAAGUGCAACACUGUGGCGAUCGGCCGCUGCGUCGAGUGGGGCGGGAACAUUGCGGCGCUGUCGUGUGACGCGCGCUUUGCCAUUAGCAACAUGACGGCCGAGUUUGGUGGCAUUGCCGGCGUCUUCCCGGCCGACGAGAGCACUGCCGCGUACAUUUCCAAGCGCCCGGACCACAACCAGGACGCGCUCUACUUCCGAGCCGACAAAGACGCUCAGUACGUCGAGAAGUUCCAGAUCCACUUGGACAACCUCGAGCCGCAGGUGGCUCUGUUCCCGUCGCCGGACAAUGUCAAGCCCGUGUCCGAGGUCGUGGGCAUGAAGCUCGACGGGUGUUUUAUUGGCGCGUGCACGACGGCCGAAGAGGACCUCGUGCUGGGGGCACUGGUGCUUGAGGUGUGUCUCAAGCAAGGCAUGACGCCUGUAGCCCAGGGCCAGCGUCGCGUGACUCCUGGGAGCCAGAUCAUUGUGGACAAUCUCAAGAAGCACGGGCUGAUUGAAGUGUACGAGAAAGCUGGGUUCACGGUUGGCGCGCCGGGCUGCAGUUUCUGCCUCGGCAUUGCUGCCGACGUUGCGGGCGAGAACGAAGUGUGGCUCAGCAGUCAGAACCGGAACUAUCGCAACCGCAUGGGCAAGGGAUCGAUUGCCAACCUUGCGUCGGCCAUCACGGUUGCUGCGUCCAGCUUCACAAUGGAAGUGACGGACCCGACGCCGUUCCUCAAGUUGAUUGACAAUGAGAAGUUUGACUCGGCGGUGCCCAAGCGGCCUGCAGUGCCUAUCACCAUUGCCGAAGUGAAGCCAGAGCUCCCGACUACGUCGGAAGCUGGUGACAACGCUGACGCUGCGGCCGCUGCCGCGCUCGAGACGUUCUCGGGCUCUAUCAACGGUCGCGUGCAGGUGUUUGGCGACAACAUUGACACGGAUGCCAUUCUCCCGGGCGAGUUUUUGUGCGAGAACGACAUGGAGAAGCUCGGAAAGGUUGCGUUCUUGUACACGAACCCCGACUUCCGUGACAAGGUGACUCAGGGCCAGGACGUGAUUGUUGCUGGUCACGGCUUUGGCUGCGGGUCUUCGCGAGAGCAAGCGGUUACUGCCAUCAAAGGUGCCGGUGUGAAAGCAGUGAUUGCUCGCUCGUUUGGAUACAUCUUUUCGCGCAACUACCAGAACUUUAGUCUGUUGGGCAUCCAGCUCGACGACGACCGGUUCUACGAGCUGGCAAAGGAGAACGCGGACAUUACGGUCAACAUGACUGGCCGCACGAUUGAGGUGGGUGGCGAGACGUUCCGGUUCAACAUGUCGCUCUUUGAGGAGCGUCUGCUUGCUGGCGGAGGCAUUAUGCCGCUGUACAAGAAGUUUGGCAACCGUCUCUUUCGUGUGGCAGUGCAGAACCCUGAGGCCGACAAGGGCAGCUGCGGCAGCGGCGGUGGCUGCUCGACCAAGGAAGAGACACCUGCGUCUACAGGAAAGGACAUUUCGUGGUAG